GAGGCGCUCAUCUUGGAACCGGGCAAGGAGUUUUUCCGCUUUGGGCUGUACAUCUUUAAUGUGAUGUUAGGAAAGUAUCCGCCUUUGUUUGUCCUUCUUUAAUUGCUUUUCCAAUCCCCUCUUGAUGAUUCAACUCUCGAAUAAAGGAUGUAGUUUAAAAUCACACUUCUGUCCCUACUCUUAUGCCCAUAUUAAAAAUGGCCGCCGCCUUCCACAGCGACAGUUGCUCUGCAAACUAGAUCCGGGUGGAAACAGUGGGUAGGCAGAUGCAGUGGGGCAGAGCCAAGGUUGCUUUAUAGAGGCUUGAGGGAGUCCAGAGGGCGGCUCAGGUCAGAGUUGCUGGGUUUCGCUCAGGGUGGUGUGGGAAGAUCCAGCCUGUGGGGAGCGGCCACUCCUUACUGCUGGGGCCUCAGGGCUUCUGCCCAGCUUGCCCGUUAGCUAAGGAGGGGGCCGAGCGGGCCCCCUGGCCGGUCACCAUGUGGGCCUUCCCGGAGUUGCCGACGCCGCUGUUGGUGAAUUUGAUCGGCUCGCUGCUGGGACUUGUAGCCACACUCACCCUCAUCCCUGCCUUCCGUGGCCACUUCAUCGCCGCACGGCUCUGCGGCCAGGACCUCAACAAGUCCAGCCGGCAGCAAAUCCCAGAGUCCCAGGGAGUGAUCAGCGGUGCUGUUUUCCUUAUCAUACUCUUCUGCUUCAUCCCUUUCCCUUUCCUGAACUGCUUUGUGGAGGAGCAGUGUAAAGCAUUCCCCCACCAUGAAUUUGUGGCCCUGAUAGGUGCGCUCCUUGCCAUCUGCUGCAUGAUUUUCCUGGGCUUCGCGGAUGAUGUACUGAAUCUGCGCUGGCGCCAUAAGCUGCUGCUGCCCACAGCUGCCUCACUACCUCUCCUCAUGGUCUAUUUCACCAACUUUGGCAACACGACCAUUGUGGUACCCAAGCCCUUACGCCCACUUCUUGGCCUGCAUCUGGACUUGGGGAUCCUGUACUAUGUCUACAUGGGGCUGCUGGCAGUGUUCUGUACUAAUGCCAUCAAUAUCCUAGCAGGAAUUAAUGGCCUAGAGGCUGGCCAGUCGCUAGUCAUUUCUGCUUCCAUCAUCGUCUUCAACCUGGUGGAGCUGGAAGGUGAUUAUCGGGAUGAUCAUGUCUUUUCCCUCUACUUCAUGAUACCCUUUUUUUUCACCACCUUGGGAUUGCUCUACCAUAACUGGUACCCAUCACGGGUGUUUGUGGGAGAUACCUUCUGUUACUUUGCUGGCAUGACCUUUGCCGUGGUGGGCAUCUUGGGACACUUCAGCAAGACCAUGCUACUCUUCUUCAUGCCCCAGGUGUUCAACUUCGUCUACUCACUGCCUCAGCUCCUGCAUAUCAUCCCCUGCCCUCGCCACCGUAUACCCAGACUCAAUACCAAGACAGGCAAACUGGAGAUGAGCUAUUCCAAGUUCAAGACCAAGAGCCUCUCUUUCUUGGGCACCUUUAUUCUAAAGGUAGCAGAAGGCCUCCGGCUAGUGACAGUGCGCCAGAGUGAGAAUGAGGAUGGUGCCUUCACGGAGUGUAACAACAUGACCCUCAUCAACUUCCUACUUAAAGUCUUUGGGCCCAUGCAUGAGAGAAACCUCACCCUGUUCCUGCUGCUGCUACAGGUCGUGGGCAGUGCUGUCACCUUCUCCAUUCGGUACCAGCUUGUCCGACUCUUCUAUGAUGUCUGAGUCCCCUGAUCCACUGUCCUUUGCUUCACAGCCUCCAGAUUUCCUGACUCAGGCCGACCUCUUCUAGACCAAGAUUGCCUCCUGGCCCAGGCCUCUCUCACCCUUCAUUCUCCUCCAGAUUUUGUCCUCAGCAUUUCCUUUCCCCUGUGAUUAUUGACAUCCUGGGCCUUUUUUGCCCUCUAAUGACUAUUGAUUGGACUUUGCCUAUGGCUUUCUUCAACUUGCCACUCCCCCUCUCCGUCCCAUCUUUGCAGCCUCCUAAGGUGGGAUACUGUAGCUCUGGUGCAAUUACCCACAACUCUGACACUCAAGAAAUACGUUGGGCCUGGGGAUAGAACCCUGGCUGGGGAUAGGGACACAGGCUCGAAGGUGACUUGACAUUUGACUAUAAAUUAAGUAUUCUGAUGAUUUAGCAGACUGGGGGGCCAGGUGCUCCCAGUGGUGACAAUAAACUGUCGUCUUUUUCUUA